CAUCAUCAUAACCCUGAAUCCUGCUCGCCAGCUGCGCUCCGCGCCGCCAGUGGCCACGGCAGAGCCGCACAGAUGCACACCCCAUCUAUCAGCCCUCUUCGUGGCGAUGGACUUCAAGUGACAUUUUCCUUUAAGAUGAUGUAAGACUGUGCUUCACGGGUGGGAUUUUUUUCCCUACCCCCUCCUCCUCCUCCGUGUCACAGUUUGGAGCAACAUUAUCUUAAAUCUUCAGCCGGUUUAGCUGUUUCCGCACUCAGCAAUUUGGAGAGACCGGUGCGCAAAGGAGUCCCGCUUCCUGCCUCCUCCUUCUCCUCCUCCUCCUCCUUCUCCUCCUCCUCCUCCUCCUCCCCGUGAGCGCAUUUCAGCAUCCCAGUAGUCAGGAGCAGAACAAUAGGAUGCUUUCACAAUUUCUCCUCCAGUUUAUCCUGGAUUUAAGAGGACUGAACUAAGAUCCAGAUUAAUGAAACUUUUUCCUAAAUUUGGUUUUCCCUGUUUGGAAGUUCGUUUUUUUUUUCUUCCUUCCUCCCCCCCCCCCUUUGAAGUCACUCCCUCGACCAAAUCGCAGGGGUUGUCUGUAACAUGAUGCUGGUUAUGAUAAUCGAUGCUGCUCUGAGAGGAUGCAAUCGGCUUUACGCACGGGCUUGAAGGAUGGACCGUAUUGUUCUGACAUGAAAACGCUGGCUGCCGGGACUGCGUCUGGAAUCCGGGCUCCGCUUUGGGUCUGAACGCGUCGGCUCCAUGCAGCUGCACCCCACACCCUGAACUUCUGGGACGUUUUGUGCGAGAGACAUGGCACUGAGCGAAAACUGCAAGACGCAGCCAGCGAAAGACCAGGGCUCGGUGCAAACCCCGCCGUCGGACGUGCUUGAGCUGAACGUGGGUGGGCAGGUGUAUUAUACCCGUCAGGCCACCCUGACCAGCUUCCCAAAUUCCCUACUUGGGAAGCUGUUUUCCACCAAAAAAGGGUCUUCAAACGACCUAUCGCGGGAUCUUAGAGGGCGGUAUUUUAUUGACAGGGAUGGGUUUUUGUUCCGGUACGUGUUGGAUUACCUCAGAGACAAGCAGAUUGUCCUCCCCGACCACUUUCCGGAGAGGGGGAGGCUGAAAAGAGAGGCAGAGUAUUUCCAGCUGCCAGAAUUGGCCAAACUUCUGUCGGGCGAGGAGUCCAAACUGUUUCCAGAUGACAGCGACUGGGACGACGAGCCGGGCGGCGACCAGAGGCUGUACCCGUCCUACUCCCUGGACAGGAGGUACGGCUACAUCACCGUCGCCUUCAGAGGCAGGGAGAGCCACGCCGACCCCAAGGCCAAAAAGUUACCCAGGAUCCUCAUCAGCGGCAGGAUUGGACUGGCCAAGGAGGUGUUUGGAGACGCCCUGAACGAGAACAGGGACCUGGACAGGCCGCCGGACCGGUACACCUGCAGGUUUUACCUCAGGUUCAAGCAUCUGGAGAGGGCUUUUGACAUGCUGUCAGAGAGCGGCUUUCACAUUGCGGCCUGCAACACCUCCCUGACCGCGUCCUCCGCGGGUCAUUACGCGGACGACAGGGUCUGGUCCAACUACACGCAGUACAUCUUCUACCGUGGGCCCUCCCGGUGGUCGUCCUCUCACUGUGACUGCUGCUGCAAGAGCCACAAAAGUGAGCACGAGGGCGAGAGCGGUACCUCCUUCAACGACCUCUCCACGUCCUGCUCCGAGACCCAGUCAGAGGCCAGCUCCCCCCAGGGGACCGUGAUCCGUGGGCCGGUGAGCCGCCAGUCCAAAAUCCAAACGCUGGACCGGCCCGUGCCCAAAGGCCCGGCCCUCAUGCUGCAGCAGCAGGCGGAGAUGCGGCGCAAGACGGACAUGCUCCGUGUGAGGACCUUCGGGAUGCGGGAGCGAGACGCCGCCAAGAGGAAAGCACACAAGGAGAAGAUGACUCCGGAGCAGGAGCUGGAGAAAUGCAUUCAGGACUUCCGGCGCAUUCGGAUUCCUGAUCGCUUCCCAGAGAGGAAGUACAUGUGGCAAUCUGAGCUCUUAAGAAAGUACAGACUCUAAAAAAAAAAAGAAAAAAACAAAGAGGGAGAAGAGGAGAGGUAAAGACAGAGCGAUGUGGUGCUAUAGGGUCAUGUCACCGCCGAUAAAGAGUAUUAAAAUUCAUAGUCAAUACACUGCACACUCUAAGGCACAUACUGUACCAGAGAAUAAGACUAUCCUAUCAGGAUGGAUUGCUAAAAGCACACAAAAAUACAAAAGCGGUGUGAGUUAUUUAUCUGUAACCUUUGCACAGUGUUGUGUAGGAAUAUGCACAUGUGUAACUCAGACUGAAGCCUCCUGCUCUCUCCGUAGAGAAGAGAAGAGAAGAGAAGAGAAGAGAAAGCUAUACUCCAGGUCAUAACGCCACUGACAACAAAGCGACCUCAGGGGAAACAUCGUUUCAGUUCACCUACCCACCACCACGUUCUGCAUGUGCAGUCGGCCACGAUGGCUGCUUUUUUCGAGCGGAUGUACCCAGAUGGUGCUGUGAGCUGGCAACAGAUUAUCACUAGACUUCACCGAUAACACACACACACACACACACACACACAUUGAGUAUGCUUCAGUAUCAGCACUGCAUGUCAUCUCACCCUUAGCAUAAUUAUGCAAUAGCAAACAAAAUCUAAAAUCAUACUUUGAUGGGUGAAAAAGGGUGUUGGUGGGUGAGAGUGAUGUACCGAGGGAAGCACUGCCUUGAUCUGUUUGUACUAUUUAUUUAUUUUUUUGUCUGAUGUUGUCAUUACUUGUUGGUGAGAAGAUUCUGUGUCGGUAGAGAAAAUGGCAACGGCUAUUGACGGGUUUGCUGAUUGUAAAUGUGCUAAAUGACUAAAUAAAUGGGUUAUAAUUCUAUCUAAAGAGC